AUGGCCGGUAAGCUUUUGUACACUGAGAUCUCUGUCCUUGCGACCCGAUCCACGGCAGAGGGCCAGGCAGCCACUGUUGUGAUCAUAUCGCAAGCCCCCGACCACAAGCUAAUUGCGCUAUCAGAUGAACCCCGACGCUCCGGCCGAGCCACCAAAGGCCAACACAAGAACCUCGAACUACCAGAAGGCCCCGGCAAGAAGGGCAAAGGCAAAAGCCCCAAGGACAAGAAUGCGAAAUCCUCCGCCGAACCCACCCCCGGUCCAAGUGAAGGUGAAGGAGAAGAUGAGGAGAUAAUCCGCUGCAUCUGUGGAGAAUAUGAAGAGGAAGAGGAUGUGGAGCGAGACAUGAUCUGUUGCGACCAGUGCUCAGCAUGGCAACACAACGACUGCAUGGGCCUGACCUUCCUGAAGGGCAAAGAACCGGACCAGUACUACUGUGAACAAUGCCGACCCGAAAACCACAAAGUUCUCCUGGAGAAGAUCAACGCCGGCGAACGACCAUGGGAGGAAGUCGCCGAACGGCGCCGCCAAGAGGCCGAGGAUAAGAAGUCCAAGCGCAAGAAGGGCAAGAAAGGAGCCCGCAAGGCGAGACCGAGUGAGAGCAGGACAGAUGCUAGCGCCUCGAUCCGAACAGCACCUUCCAUCACUCCUGGUCCCAUCGGCUCACCAGCCCACGCCGUGUCCGCCUCCGCGGAGCCAGAGAAGAAUGACCACGCCCAUGAUUCCCGGCGCUCCAGCACAAACAAGCGCAAACUUGAAGAGUCAGUCGAAGGUGAAAAUGGACCACAGAUCAAACAGCAACGGAUAUCCCCACAGUCAAUUCCGGCAGCUGUGCCCCAGGAAACUGGUGUGCAAAUCAAGACCGACGAUGCUGGCGAGACACCUGCUCUUCCAACCCUAGAGGAAUUGAAUCAUUCCCGCAGGGCUCUGGCCACGCCUCUCAUCAAAUUCUUUGUAGACCAGGUUGGCUUGGCCUUGAAGGCAGGCUCCCUGACCCUGCGCCCGGACCAGUCAUCUGAGGACUUGGGACGGCAGCUUGGCCUGUCUAUUGAAGAUGCAAUGUAUGAGACUCUCUGUCAACGAACGGGCGAGCCCAAUGACGCGUAUAAGUCACAAAUCCGGUCGAUUAUGUUCAAUUUAAAGAAGAACACUUCUUUACGGGACCGUUUACUCGUAGGCACGCUCUCCCCUAAGGCAUUGUCUCAAAUGUCAUCCGGGGAGAUGGCCAGUGAGGAACUACAGCAGAAAGACGCCGAGAUCAAACGCGAGGCCGAACGACAACACAUGAUUAUCCAAGAAAAAGGCCCCCGCAUUCGUCGCACGCAUAAGGGAGAGGAGCUGAUCGAGGACGAGAACCAUGGCGCAAAUGAGUCGGUCUUUUCCAGUGGGCCUCGUCGUGCCCCCGGCGAAGGCGAAGGUAGCCCCGCAGAAGGACGCCCGACAAGUCCUCAGGGGGCUCAGCAGGGCAAAGAAGACGGUUUCGCUCGAGCUCCUUCGCCAGGUGGCAAUCACCACGAAGACGUUUUCCCGGAACUUGCUCCCAACAUCCGCGAGCCUGUGCCACAAGGAAAGGUCCAAGCCGAUGCCGAGAUCGACCAGCUCCUGCGAGACGACGAGCCUGAGUCUCCACCUUACUCGCCAAAGGAUUUCCAGGACGAUGGGCUCAUUUGGCGUGGUAAGGUUACCAUGCCGCCCAUUGGAGAGUUCUCUUCCGCGGCUAAGCAUGUGGGAGGCGCCGACCUCAGUGGCCGGAUUCCAUGGAGCCAACUCGCUCCGUCAACAUUGUUUGUUGAUGGUCGCAUCGAUAUUAAACGAGCGACUGAGUACCUGUGUGGCCUCCAAUUUAGCAAAUCAACAGACGUCUCGGUGAUUGCAGUCACCAGCCCCGACCAGGGCGAACAGAAAGUUGGCUUCGACAAGAUGUUCGACUACUUCCACAGCCGAGGUCGUUACGGUGUGAUUGGCAAACAUCCCCUCUCUGCCGUAAAGGAUACAUACCUCGUCCCCAUGGAGGUUGGUACAACCGCUAUGCCUGAGUUCAUCGAGCUUUUGGAAAACAUCUCUCUGGAGGGACCCAUCACCGAACGCAUGUUUCUCACAAUAUUUGUCGUCAAGACCGGGGAAUCCACACCCCCAUCUGUGCAGCCACCCUCCCACCAGGCUAGCCAGGAACCACAGGUCUCCGCGAGCCCUCUGACAACCGUCGCCUCCACACCCCAACAGCCUCAAUUCAACUCCACAACGGCGCCCACGCCACCUCCCCAAUUCGCCGGAUACAAUUCCAACCCCGCCCAAGCCCAGCCUCCUAGCUCUUUGACCGGGCUUCCCGCUGCCAUACAGGUGCUCGGCGCCCAGAGUGAAGCACCGGCCAUUCAGCACUUGUUGCAGACCGCACCAAACGUGGACAUGAAUCAGCUCAAUCUGGUUCGUGACAUCCUGAUUCGCCAGCCCAGUGCUGCUAUCAACUACGACACAUUGAUGAAUGCCCUCUUCCAGACCCAGGCAAAUGGUGGCCAGGUCCCCCAGUAG